UGAAUGGCGGGGCGGAGGCAGUGAUGGGUCCGGUGGGUGGGCGGGGUGGCUUCGUAAACAUGUUGUGUAAUCCGCAAACCCGGAAAAAGAACUCCCCGGCACCCAGGGGAACCGCCUCCCCGUUUGCACCGAGCGAGGCCGCUGCUUUCUCCCAGUUACAGACCCGGGGUAACGACCGCCAUCUUUAUUGGGGGCAAAGUGCAGCGAGGCGCAUGCGCCGCCGCCAUCUUUAUAGGGGCAAGAAACAGAAUGUUGGGAAACCUCAGCAGGUCUGACAGCAACUGUGGACAAAGGAGGACAGGGUCAACGUUUCGAGUCCGUAUGACUCUUCUUCAGGGCUAAAGAGAAGUAGAAAUAUCAUGGACUUCAUACCGUAUAAGAAUGGUGGAGCAGGUGGAACCUGCUAUUCAGGUCCCGAUGAAUCAGAGAAUUAGAAGGGGAGGCCUUGUAGACGGGGAACUCAAACCAAACAUCAGAUCAAGAUCUGACACAGUCACUCGAUUCAUCAGGACCUGAAUAUCAUCGGCCUUUGAAUGUGGAAGGAGAAAUGUUUGUCUGUUCUGUCUGUGGGAAAAGAUUUCAAAAUCAAUGUGACUGGGAAAGCACCAAGACACACACGGACACCUGAACGAGAGUGUUCCGUUCCAGUGCACUGACUGUGGAAAGAGCAUUAACCAGUUACACAACCUGAAAUAACAUUGCACCAUUCACAGUGGGGAGAAACUGUACACGUGUUCUCUGUGUGGACGAGGCUUCAACUGAUCAUCCAUCCUGGAGAGACACAGGGACACCUGCACCAUGGAGAAACCAUGGAAAUGUGAGGACUGUGGGAAAGGAUUCAAUUAUCCAUCUCAUCUGGAAACCCAUCAACGCAGUCACACUGGGGAGAGACCGUUCACCUGCUCCAUGUGUGGGAAGGGAUUCACUCAGUUGUCGAACCUGCUAACACACCAACAGCUACACACUGCAGAGAGACCAUUCACCUGCUCCAAUUGUGGGAAGGGAUACACUCGAUUCUCCCACCUACUCACACAUCAGCGAGUUCACAGUGGAGAGAGGCCAUUCACCUGCUCUGUAUGUGGGAAAGGAUUCACUGGGUCCCCUGACCUGCUGAAGCACCAGCAAGUUCACACUGAGGUGAGGCCGUUCAGCUGUACUUCCUGUGGAAAGAGAUUCAGGUCUUCAUUCAACCUCAGUGUACACCAACGAGUUCACACUGGGGAGAGGCCAUUCACCUGCUCCGAGUGUUGGAAGGGAUUCACUCAGUUAUCUAGCCUGCUGACACACCAGCGAGUUCACACUGGGGAGAGACCGUUCACCUGCUCCGAGUGUGGGAAGGGAUUCACUCAGUUAUCCAACCUGCUGACGCACAAACGAGUUCACACUGGGGAGAGACCGUUCACCUGCUCUGAGUGUGGGAAGAAAUUCACUCAGUUAUCCACACUGCUGACACACCAGCGAGUUCACUCUGCAGAGAGACAGUUCACCUGCUCUGUGUGUUUCAAAGGAUUCACUGGGUCCUCUGAGCUGCUAAAACACCAGCGAAUUCACACUGAGGAGAGGCCGUUCAGCUGUACUUCCUGUGGAAAGAGAUUCAGGUCUUCAUCCGACCUCAAAGUACACCAGCGAAUUCACACUGGAGAGAGGCCGUUCACCUGCUCUGAGUGUGGGAAAGGAUUCACUCAGUCAUCCAGUCUGCUGAAACACCAGCGAAUUCACACUGGGGAGAGACCGUUCACCUGCUCCGAGUGUGGGAAAGGAUUCACCGGGUCCUCUGACCUGCUGAAGCACCAGCGAAUUCACACUGGGGAGAGGCCGUUCAGCUGUACUUCCUGUGGAAAGAGAUUCAGGUCUUCAUUCAAUCUCAGUGUACACCAACGAAUUCACAAUGGAGAGAGACCGUUCACCUGCUCCGACUGUGGGAAGGGAUUCACUCAGUUAUCCCACCUGCUGAAACACCAGCGAGUUCAUAAGUGACUGCAGGGAUUGGAUACUGCUGUUAAUCACAUCCAGGAGGAAAAGUCUGACAACAUUAGGCUUGUGUCUGCUGAUGUUUGCAAUCCCUGUAACUGGAUCUAUAGCUGAUCGUAUUCUCAGGGCUGCAAUGUCCCUUUAAGAACCGCUAUCUCUGAUCUUUCCUCAUAAUUCAGGAACUCUCAUCAGAAAUUAGUUUACAACAAGAUUCUGAACUUGUACUUCAAUCUUAAAUUUGGUAUAAACUCUACGAUUCAGUGUCUGAGAGGUUCCACUGAUUAACAUCUCCAAUUAGAAAGUGCUGAUUAAUCCUUACUGACAAUUCUUACUGACAUGCACAUUACUCACUAUCCCUCCAUUAUCCAUCAGAAAGAAGGGGAAUGGGAAUUGAUGGAGAAUCGAGAGUUCCCAAAUGUUACCCCUCCCGCCUGGUACAGAAAUCCCCUCGGCACAGGAAUGGAGACAAGUUCAGUUCAAGUAACGGGCUGCAAGUAAUCACUGUCUAAUAACCCUAUAAAAAAGUUAAAACUGGCUUUCGAGAGCAAAGAGAUUUUGAGGUGAUCCAUACUGGCUUCAGCCCAACACCCAAACUCCCCACACCAGUUAACCGUUCAGAAGAGACUGCCACCACCAGCGAUGGAGACCAGCACUCACUCUGUGUCCUCUGGGACCAGUAAUCCAUUCUAACCUGUUAUGUGUCGUGUGUUUCUCGUGUUUAUUUAGGUUCUGCAUCAUAUUUAAACUGUCACUUCUCAAUAAACUACUUUAAAAUCAA